AUGCUGGAGUACGCGCUGCUGUCGGACGUAUACAAGGUCGACACCUUGCCGUCGGGCAAGACCAAGCACAAGACCGCCCGGAAGUCCGGGGAGCGGCAGCAAGACGAGAUGAGCCAGCGACGCCUGGAGAGCUCCCCCCAGCCUCAGCCCUUGGCGGUGCCCGUGUCCCACGAGCGAUACGAGACCCUCGACCAUCUGCGGCCGUACGAAGGUCCCACGUACGUCGAGGCAAAGGGGAGGUACCCGACGCGGUUCGUGGAGCGGAGGCCGGUCGUGUACGAGACGUUUGCAGAUCCGGACCCAUACGAUGGUCGAGAUCUCGAUUCAUACGCAUCGGAUCACGAGUGCCGGUGCAGGAUAUGCAACGGGAGGAUGAGAAGCAGGAGGCGACGCACGAGCGCCCCAUACGAUCUGGAGGGGCUCAUGAGGAACGUGCUGUUCAGCUUCGCCAUAGGCGCGUUCGCGGUGUACCUCCCUCCCGUCGAACACGAUCUUCUCCUCUCGCUCGGUGUGCUCGUUGAGGGCGGACAGCAAGUCCCCGUCCGCGUCCGAGACCAAGACCUCCGAACCCCGUCUGAACUCCUCGAUGCUCAACGGACCCCCGAACAUCGCCAGCUUGCGACGGAGAGGCGCCCCCCUGAUCCCGUAAGCGGAGGCCGUCGCGGAGGAGAGCGGCGCCCGUCCGUUCCCGAGCCUGAUCUUAGACCGGAACAGGGAGAGGAACGUGCAACACCUGUCCCUGUUCACGCUGUUGCGCUCCAGAUUGAACGACUUGCAGCAAUCGAAGGAGCAGAACCAGCCCAUGGUGCUGAACACAUUGCGCCGCUCGUCGUAGGCGACGGGCAAGGGACGCAGCUCAUCCUCUUGCUGCUGGCUCUGCUGGUGGCCGCCGUCUUCUUAUCGUGCAUCGGCAGCCGGUCGGGGGUGGAAUACUUCGCCGACGAGACGCGUGGGCCGUUCGGCCAGUCGGACCUCUCGUACUCGCGAUUCGUCACCAACCAGCAAGAGCCGUUGGAUCCCGCCUCGGGUCCCCUCGUCAUCACGUCCCUUCCCGGUGGCACCACGACCGCGUCCCCUCCCCUCACCCAGAUGGUCCCGACUAUCAACGCGGACCUGGUGCAGGCGGCACCCAUGCUCGGGCCGGCCGUCUCCCCGACCGUGCGCACGACCGUACCGCAGCUAUUCGGCAUGGAAGCCGCCAGCGCGACGAACGCGGCGGCCCGUCCCUCGACCGUCCCUCCUCCCGCGGACGGCCGCAUCGCGCUGCCCCCCUCGGCCGCGAGCCUGGCCAUGGUGCAGAACCUAUACAACGCUUGA